CGGGCUCACAACUCCGGGAGCAGCGACCGUCAGGAGCCCCAGUGGGGGCGGGUCCUCAGUGCACAACACCCGGACAAACUUUACUCGAACUCCGCGGAGAUGCCCCGGGCUCAGUAGCCAGGGCGGCACGGCGGGCACAUGACAGACGCCCCAAGGUCCCGCAAGCAGCGGCUAAUGGCAGCGGUAGAGGAGGAGGAGGCGGCGGCGGCGCCUGGAGCGGGUGAGGGGGUCCUGUACUGCUUCAUCUGCGGGGGAGGGGUGCCCCGGGGGCGGGAGGUCCGGCUGCCAGUCCGGUGCCCGGCCCGGGAGGGUUGCGCCUUCUUUCCCUUCUUGCAGCAGCAGGAGCCUGCGCCCGGGGCGGAGCCGCUGAGUCCGGGGGGCAGCGCCCGGGUUUGCGCCGUGUGUCAGCGCUUUCUUGGGGCGCAGUGGGACGCAUUCGAGCGCAGCCGGACCCCGCUGGAGAAGCGCAUGUACUGGCUGAAGAGGCCCUACCAGUGCGGGGGGGACGGGGCCCGGGCGCACCCCAGAGACUGGAACCCUAACUACGACUCCGAGCUCUCCGACCUGUCCGACAACCCGCUAAGUGACCCGGAGGAGAGUUCCGAGCCGCCCAGGAGACAGUGGGCACCGCCGCCAAGGGCACCUGGACUCAGCGCCCCCUGCCGGGCAUCCCCGAGUGACAGAGUGGUGAAGGGGGCAGAGAUUGAGGGUGAGCGACGCCCGGAAAACGGACUCCCGGUCACCUGCUACAUCUGCGGAGCCCCCGGCGCAGGCAACGUGCUGCACGUCCAGAAGCAAGAGCAUUCACCUCAGGCGCCAUUCUUCCCCUUUCUGUGGCUGCACACCCCACCGCCUGGCGCUAACCCUCUCACCCCGGGGGGCAGUGCCAGGGCCUGUGACAGCUGCUUCUCCUCCCUCAUGCAGCAGUGGCACAGCUUUGAUAUGGCCAAUGUGCCAGUCUUGCAACGCCUCUAUGUGGUGCCCCUACAUGCCAGUCCUGGGGCAGAAAAAGGUAUCUCCUCUCGACUCAAUGACUCUCAACCCAAAGGACCUGGGGUCUGCUACUUGUGUGGAGAAGACUGUGCCAACCAAGGAAAACCUGUGCGCUCCAGAAUCACCAAUGGCAAUGCCAAGUCUACCAUGCACUUUCCCUUUAUUACUCAACUCCCAUGCCCACCUGGGUCCAAAGGGCUGUCCCACCAAGGAGAGGUGCAAAGCUGCCGAAAGUGUUAUGGGGUGCUGGAAGACAUCUGGGCCAUUUAUAGGGCAUCUCAGAAUGAAGAGCUCAUCUGUUCAGUCCAAAGUUUCCUUAGUAGAUACCAUCAGGUGUUCAGCUCUGCGGAUGCCAGCCCCCCUGGAUCCACCCCCAACAGGAGGGCAGGUGUUCUUAGUGCCCACUCAGCACCCACCUCUGUCUGCUAUGUGUGUGGGGAAGAACUGGGUCCAGGCUGUGAAUACCAACUUAGCAUCAACCCACCCAACAGGUAUGCUGACAAGGAGCCCUUCUUCCCCUUCCUCACUGUUUACCCUCCUGCCCCCAGGGCCCGGCCUGCCGACUCCACUGGCCUGGUGUCCACCUGUGGCCUCUGCUAUCAUGACCUCCUAGGCCAAUGGUUCCAGCACGAGAUGAAGACCCAACAUCCAAGCAGCCCUUGGUCACGACAGUACCAGGUGGAGACCUUUGUGUGUUUCUUCUGCAGACAGGAGAAGCGGCGCUUGUUAGGAUUAAGGAACAUCCAGUUAGCCCGAUUGCCAGUCUUCCUGCUGGCACGACGAGUGCCACACAGCCUGUUUGUGGAUGAUGGAAAACAGUUACUUAUUGGAGCUUGUACAGAAUGUAAACCCUUGGCGAUGGUAAAUGUCAACAUGGCAGCACACAGCGGACCAUUAGCGACCUCUUCACCGGCAACUGGCCAAACUUACAGCGCAGCUUCCCGAUUUCCUGGAGUCAACAGCACAGCAUCCAAGGUACCAGAACUUGAACACAACCCCAAAACAGGGAAAGACCCCCCAGCUCAGCCACCCAGCCAAGAAUCUUGCUUGGAUGUGGAACGUGCAGAACCAGGCACUACAAGCAUGAACCAUGAGCCAAAGUCACCUUCCAUAGGAAUGCUUUCUACAGCCACCCGGACCACGGCCACUGUCAGCCCCCUCACUCCCUCCCCUCUCAAUGGCUCCCUGGUACCCAAUGGCAGCCCGGCGGCCAGCAGCGCGCUAUCAGUCCAGUCCGCACCCUCCUCCAGCUUUGCUGCAGCGCUGCGUAAACUUGCAAAACAGGCAGAGGAGCCGAGAGGAUCAUCAAUAAGCAGCGAGUCUUCUCCAGUUUCAUCACCGGCUACAAAUCACAGUUCUCCUGCCAGCACACCGAAGAGGGGUCCAAUGGGGCCCAUUAUAGUGCCCCCAGCAGGCCAUAGUGUGCCGAACACCCCACCUGUGGUGACCAUUGCACCAACUAAAACAGUGAACGGAGUGUGGAGGAGUGAGGCCCGUCAGCAGCCUGAUAAUGCCUCUCGGGCAAACAGUAUCAGCAGAGAGCGGUUGAUGGCAGAAUCCCAGCUGCCCUCUGAAAAGGCUGGCACCCAAGCUGUACCCUCACACCUGCUGGGAAGCACAUAUGCCUUUGCCAUCCCACCAAGCUCUGUUGUUCAGGAUUCCCGAUUCCAACCCUUGAACCUGCAGCGGCCUGUGCAUCAUGUGGUUCCUCCAAGCACAGUUACUGAGGAAUAUUUACGAAGCUUCCGUCCAUACCACACGGCUGAGGACCUCCGCAUGCCCUCCCUUCCCCACAUCGGACUGGACCCUAAUGCAGCAGCAGCAUAUUAUCACAACAGCUACUUGGCCCAUCACACCUUCACUCACCCAGCAUUCAGGAUGGAUGAUUCAUAUUGUUUAUCUGCACUAAGAUCCCCCUUCUACCCACUUCACAGUCCUGGGUCACUACCACCUCUUCACCCUUCAGCCAUGCACCUGCACUUGUCAGGAGUCAGAUAUCCCACAGAUCUUGCCCAUUCUUCCCUGUCCGCGCUUCAGUCUGAACGGAUUACAGCUGAGAGGCUUCAAAUGGAUGAAGAGCUGAGGCAGCGUGAACGGGAAAGAGAACGAGAGCGAGAGAAAGAAAGAGAAGCUGACCGUGAACGUGAGAAAGAACGGGAGCGAGAAAGGGAAAGGGAACGAGAAAAGAAAGAGAUGGAAAGAGAGAAGGAGAGAGAAAGAGAGCGAGAGCUUGAACGGCAAAGAGAACGCACAAGAGAGAAGGAUGCCAGCCUCAUCAAAAACAUAGAAAGCCAGUAUCUCGCAGAAACAGAGGUUCACCCACUCCGAAUGCACCAAGAAGAGCGGGUAAAGCAAGCAGAACAGCCUGCUCCAACUAGACCCGAUAAGGUGAAAGAACCAUCUGUACAGACUCCAAAGCCAGUCCAACACCAAAUGCACCAACCUCCUACCAGCCAUCAUUCUGUGCCCAGUCUGAUCUCUAGCCAUACUGUUUUCCCUCCAACAAGCAGCUCGGCUGCAGCUGCUCUUUUGGCACAAAGGACACAGGAAGAGGAGAAAUGGUUAGCCCGGCAAAGACGUCUACGGCAAGAGAAGGAAGAUCGGCAGUACCAGGUAUCUGAAUUUCGUCAGCAAGUCCUUGAACAGCAGCUUGACAUUACUGGGCGCCCUAUUGGUCAACAGGAGGCUGAGAUAAGGCCAGAAAACCUUACCAGGGUUCUACCAACCCGUAAUGAAGGGAAUAUUCGGGAACCACUACAGCAUUUUGGAGGCCCACCACCCCUGAUUUCACCCAAAACCCAACAACAUUCUGUUCCGACUUCACUUUGGAAUCCAGUGUCACUCAUGGACACCCCCUCAGAGUCACGUCGUAGCCAGGAACCUGCCUCCAUCCAUAACCACACUGCAACUAUUUAUGAACAUAGCCGACAUAUGUUACCUCCUGUAAAAGUAGAGCGUCCAUACAGCUUUGAGAAGCAGCAGCUAGAAGAGGAAGAUCUACCACGGAGAAAAGAACAGGCUGAGAAGUACCAGCCUAUCCGGGAACACUCUUUGGAGCACACUAGUUAUUCUCAUGCCCCUUUUCUUGCUGAACUUGAAAAGUCAACACAAUCCUUAAUAAACCAACAGAGGAGUUCCCUCCAGCAGGCUGGCCAUACAACAGAGACCACAUUCCUACACAGGCCAAGCUUGUCACACAGGACUCCCCCUACAAGAACUCGUGAUCCUAUGUAUAUAUAUGAUGAGUUUCUACAGCAGCAUCGCAGGCUGGUCAGUAAGCUGGAUCUUGAAGAGAGGAGGCGUAAAGAAGCCCGUGAAAAAGGUUAUUAUUAUGAUCUUGAUGAUUCUUACGAUGAAAGUGAUGAGGAAGAAGUGAGAGCACAUCUUCGCCGAGUUGCUGAACAGCCACCGCUCAAACUGGAUACAUCAUCUGAGAAACUGGAGUUCCUUCAAAUUUUUGGACUGGCUACUCAACAAGAAAAGGAACUGAUCCUGCAACAGAAAAGAAGAAAGAGAAGGCGAAUGUUGAGGGAAAGGAGUCAAUCGCCUCCGAUUCAAAGCAAAAGACAGACACCAUCACCACACUCCCCACUGUCUACAAGGUUUAGUCCAGAUGAGCUCAACAACAGCCCCAAUCUGGAAGAGAAGAAAAAGUUCCUUACUUUCUUUGAUCUGUCACAUGUGAGCACAGAGCAGAGGAGAGACAAGGAGAAGCUGGUUGAAAUGCUGGAAGCAAUUAAACAGAAGAACUCUGUGCCUGAGGCAGCAAAGAAUCCCCCAUUGGCUACAUGUCGGGGCAGCUCUCCUCUGCCCACAGGUGCACCCUCUGAGGAUCAGACUGUACUUCAGCCUUCGUUGCAGACGGAAGUAUCGACUCCUGUCCCCUCCACCUCGUGCUCAGUCACAGCACAAGAACCAGUGAAGCCUCCAGAGCUUGUUCGUCCAGAGCCACCAAAACUCUUAGACAGGGUGACACCGUUGCCAGUUCCAGUAACAACGUCCUCGACCAAUGUUGUAAGCACAGAAAAAGUCAGGCAGAACGAGACUCUUGCUGCUCCUGCAAAGAAGAGCUUGAGCAUCCUAAAUUUUGUUCGAGGGCAUCCAGCCAAAGAGAACCCUGUACAAACAUCUCAGAGUGUGAAUGGAAGGAGCAAGUCCUGGGAGCCAUUCAUAGCAGAGGAGUUUGCUCAUCAGUUCCAUGAAUCUGUUUUACAGUCUACACAGAAGGCUCUACAGAAGCACAAAGGUUCAUCUACCUUGAACUGCGCCGAGCAAAAUCACAAACCUGAUGCCUCUGUCCACUAUAACAUUCCUGAGCUGCAGCAAUCAAGUCGGCCCACAGCUCCACACCAGAAUGGUCAGCAGGGCCCUGUGCAGUCAGGGAUGUUGCGGGGGACACCACAUCCGGAUGUAUCUUCGGGGGAAGAGACAUCUGAUGAAGAUUAUGAGGAGGACGACAUACAUGAACCACCAAGACUAAAAUGGCAAGGAAUCGAGGCAAUAUUUGAAUCUUACCAAGAACACAUAGAAGAACAAAACCUUGAACGCCAAGUUCUGGAGACACAGUGCAAGCGGCUAGAAGCUCAGCACUAUAACCUGAGCCUGACAGCUGAGCAGAUAUCACACCGCAUGGCGGAUCUGAUGAGCCAGAAGCAGAAAGUGGCCUCUGAGAGGGAGAGGUUACAAGCUGAACUUGAACACUUUAGAAAGUGCCUUGUUUUGCCCCCCUCGCCAUGGUCUAGGGGUUAUUUCAAAGGCCACCCCAGGUGACAUCCCCUUUUUCUUGCACUAGGUCUGAACGUACAGUACAGAAAUAUCUAUUUUAUUAUUUUGAUAUUUAAUAUUUUUCACUGGGAGGAACAAAAAGAGAAAAAGGGAGAGAAAAAAAAUGCCACCUGUUUCUGUUACUUCCUACACAUCUUGGGGGAGGAAAAAAAAAUAUAAAUAUAUAUUAUAUGAAUGUGCCAUGCAUGACUCAAAGGAUCAAGGGAGAUCGGCAAGAAUAAAAUAAAACAGAUCCACUUGUAGCAAAGCUGCUGGCAAUGUCAUCGCUUGGGGCACCUGCUUACAGCAUCCCAUCCCAGGAUGUACUGCUGACUGACCAUGCCGUCUACCCUCGGACUUGUACCAUUGUGGGUGCCUUCCUUUCUUCAUCCAGCUCACAUUGCCAUCAUUCUGUCGUUUGAAGCUGCCAUGUGCGGGUUUAUCACUUGUUCUUUACUGACCAUUGACGCCACCAAAAUAGUCUCCUAUAAUAUAUAUUUCUUUUUUUUCUGCCAGGAUAUGGAUGUUGUGUUUUUUCUUUUAAUUGAAAAAAAAAUAUAUAUAAAUCAAAUUAAAUUUUGAAGGACUUUUAUCCUACAUAAAAAAAAAUUAUCUGUGCAAAGCUUUGCAGCUUGCAACAGGAAUGCACUUACGCCUGGAUGUCUGAUGAUAAAAGGUACCUUUUUAUUUUCUGUUAAUUAUUAGCUGCCGGAUGGUUGAGGUAUCAUUGCGAAGCUGCUACAAAACCUCCCUUGUACACGCGAAAGGAACACAUAAAAGUGGAGACGUAAUAAUCAGGUGCUUUCACCCACCCAUUACUGUACAUAUUAAAAUAAGGGUUUUGUAUGUUUUUAUUACAUUAAUUAUUGUUAUAAAGAGAAAAGCCUGCCA